AUGGCUGCCAGUGGAGAGGUAGGCAAGCUGUUACAAGUACAAAAUGGGACGCCUCCAUCCACCAACUACAACGGGGUAGAUGCUGUGCACGCCUGCAACAUCCUUCAACAGCUCAAAGCCCUGUACGAUGAAGCACAACUGACAGAUAUUGUCGUAGAAGUUGACCACGGCAAGACUUUCUCCUGCCACCGGAAUGUUCUUGCAGCCAUCAGUCCAUACUUUAGGUCCAUGUUCACCAGCGGCCUUACGGAGAGCAGCCAGCGUGAGGUCAGAAUUGUGGGUGUGGAGUCCGAAUCCAUGCACCUCGUCCUUGACUAUGCCUACACCUCCAGAGUCGUGCUCUCAGAGUCCAACGUUCAGGCCCUUUUCACUGCAGCCAGCAUUUUCCAGAUUCCUGCUCUGCAGGAUCAGUGUGCCCAAUUUAUGAUCAGCCGUCUUGACCCUCAAAACUGUAUAGGGGUCUUCAUGUUCGCAGAUGCAUAUGGACAUCAGGAGUUGAGGGAACGGUCACAGGAUUACAUCAGGAAGAAGUUUCUGUGUGUUUCACUGGAGCAAGAAUUUCUCCAGAUGACCAAGGAGCAGCUGGUCAGCAUUUUAAACAGUGAUGACCUAAACGUGGAGAAGGAAGAACAUGUCUACGAGAGCAUCGUCCGCUGGCUUGAGCACGAUCGACCUGGCCGCGAAGCCAAUCUUGCAGAGGUUUUUUCUCGGUGCAUUCGUCUGCCCUUGCUGGAUGAGGCUUUUCUCAGUCGGAUACCGGCCCCCUUUGCCGGCGCCCUGUCACUGUCCGAAGACCCAGUCGAGGCGAAAGCUCGUCUCAGCGGCACAAAUGGUUGUUCACAGCGUCUGGGCAUGACUGCGUCCGAGAUGGUGAUCUGCUUCGACGCAGCUCAUAAACACUCAGGUAAGAAGCAGACGGUGCCUUGCCUGGACACAGCCGCUGGGAGGGUGUUCAAGCUCUGCAAGCCACCUAACGACCUCAGAGAGGUUGGCAUCUUGGUGUCACCAGAGAACGACAUCUACAUUGCCGGCGGCUAUCGUCCAAGCAACAGUGAGGUUUGCAUUGACCAUCGAGCAGAGAGUGACUUCUGGCAAUAUGAGCAUGCAGGAAACCGAUGGCUUCCACGAGCGCCUCUGCUGAGGGCGAGGAUAGGAUGCAGACUGGUGCACUGUUGUGGGAAACUUUAUGCCCUGGGAGGCAGAGUUUAUGAAGGGGAUGGACGAAACGCCUUGAAAUCCGUAGAGUGCUAUGAUGCCAGAGACAACUGUUGGACGGCUGUCAGUCCUAUGCCAGUUGCCAUGGAGUUUCACAGUGCUGUAGAAUAUAAAGACCGGAUCUAUGUCCUCCAAGGUGAAUAUUUCUUCUGCUAUGAUCCCCGUAAAGACUAUUGGAGUCAUCUAGCUCCAAUGAGCGUCCCUCGGAGUCAGGGUCUGGCUAGCUUGUAUAAGAACUGCAUCUACUACAUCGCUGGAAUCUGCAGGAACCACCAACGCACCUUUACAGUGGAGCUCUAUGACAUAGAGAGUAACACAUGGAGCCGAAAGAGAGAGCUGCCCUUUGACCAAGCUACAAGCCCAUAUAUAAAGGCCAUGUUGCUGCAGGGAAAGCUGCACCUGUUUGUUCGUGCCACGCAGGUCAUGGUAGAGGAGCACGUGUUUCGCACCAGCCGCAAGAACUCCCUUUACCAGUACGAUGACGAGGCAGACGCAUGGACCAAAGUCUAUGAGACCCCCGAUCGUCUUUGGGAUUUGGGUCGCCAUUUUGAGUGUGUGGUGGCCAAACUUUACCCACAGUGUCUACAGAAAGUGCUUUGAGUUAAACCCUGUUUUAUCAGGGGGGGUGGGGGUGCUGUUGGUCCUGCCUGCCUUGUGCCUGGUGUUAUCUUGGCUUUUACACCAGCUGGACCAUUUUUCUUUUCUGUUGAGUCUUAAUUGGUUAAACUUUAGUUCAAGAUGAUCAAAAGUGGGGGUGCUUUUAAAGAUUGCAGUAUUUGCUUUUGUUCCUUUUAUAGACGGCACCAACUACACACUGAAGCAUGCUUAACAAAACCCUGCAACAAAUCAUAAGUGCAAUUAUCCUUUUUUCGCUUGCUGUUGAGCCAUGUUUUUCUUUUGUUGUUUGAACUGUAUAAAAGGUGAUUUUAUUUUCUCUUGAAGUUUGGCAUGCUAUUGAGGGUGUCCGUAAGAUAAAAUGCCUUCUAGAUAUAAGGAUGCUAUGUGUCACCAUAAAGUAAAAAUCUCUCUCUCUCUAUAUAUAUAUAAAUAGCUAUAUAAACUUUUCAUACGGGUAAGGUGAGUACUAUAGCUCAGUAGUUUGCUAACAUUAAGUUUUUCCUUUACUUUUAAUUUUUAUUCUCUGUCCAGGCAUCUCUUCUGCUCAUUAGUUUUAUUGUAAUAUGUGCUUGUGAUUUACAUUCUUGUUGUGUUUAAACCCGAAAGUGUGCCUGAUAGUUUUAGGCAUGGGCCGGUAUCAUAACCUCGAGUCGGUAUUGUCUUCAAACUUUAAGCAAAUUGUUUCAGACCCGCCUUUUUAAAAUGAACUGUUAUUGCUGCUGCAAUUCAAGUCGCCAUUACAGUAAUAGCGAUAUCUAGACCACGUUAACCAGAUUUGACAUACAAUUACACACAAAUAUAUACUGCCAUCUGUAAUAUCAGUUAACAAGAUAUUUUGGCACAGAAUAUCAGACCUCUAUAUAGUUAUAUCAGUAUACCAAAUGUCUGUUAGCAGGUUAAUUAUUCAGGUUGAGUUUUGGCGGAACCUUCAUUGAGCUGGUGUAUAUACCAAUGACUAAUGGCUUUAAAUGAGCCUUAUAAAACAGUACACACCAGCUCAUGUUGCAGCUUCCAGUGGUCUUUUCGAAUCUUUGUUUUAGUCCGAAGCAUCGACAGGUGUCGUUCAAUGCACAUAAUGCAAAGUACAGUUUUCAGAUGGAUUCAUUUGGUUAGCAAUAGGAAAAUUAGCAAUGUUUUAGCCAGUUGAAAUGCGGUCCACAGCUUCAGCUAGGGGAAGAGUGGUGCCGCUGCAUUGCUCUUUGCUACAUGCAGCUGUAUAAAGCAGCCACUUUCUCACGCUAAAGGACUUGAGCCGGUAGGCAAGGCAUAAUAAACAAUGGAUCCUAUAAGCCGUUUAAAGCCUUGGUAUACCAGUGACCGGCCCAUGCCUAGAACGUUUCACCCCCCUUCACAAGCAUCAGCAGAUAAAAACAACCUUUGCAACAAGAAAUGGCUUCUUUUUUUUGGGAUACCAAUUGAAUGCAGCUCACACUUCCCACUUCUUUGAGUUGGCAUCCGUUGUGUGUCUUAUGCAAAGAUAUUUUAAGUAAAGUCUUAGAGUAUUUCACUCUCCACAUUGGAGAUAUAAGGACGGAGUCAAAUUUUGUGCUAACACUAAGUGGCAAGUUCGUACCAACUAACAGAUUUACCUCAGAUUUAUUUGAACCUGGAGAAAAGGGAUCUUUUCAGGCUUUUUGUUUUUCUACGGAGCAGCUGUGUGAAAAGUUCAAUUUGGCAUUCGGAUGUUAGAUUGGCUUUGGCCUCAUGUUAUUAUAAUCUUAUAGAACGUUGAAAAAAAAAAAUGCCAUAAAAAGCUUUUGAGGUCUCGUCAUAGUCGUUGUGGACAUUGAAACUAAUUUUGUGGUAGCAAUAAAUCAAGGAACUGUGAUUAGGCUUUAUUAUCUUGUAUUACCUUUAGUGCAUUAAUGUUUUUGUUUGCUUGUCUCGACUUGUGGGGAAAAAUGGUAGUUAUAGUACCAGUAACUGUUUGGCUGUCGCAUGGAUGCAGAAUUGAACCGAUGUGUAAUUUGGUGCACAUUAUGUGUGAUGCCAAUGUGCCUGUGGCUAAAAGAAAAGGGGAGCAUCAGAAUCAAAACCCACAUCUCCAAAAUGAAGAAUAUUCGAAAUGCUAGCCCAGCAUUGCACUGAAUUACUAUUCCCUUCGGUUGUCCUUAACUGCAAACUUUACGAAGUACCCUCUCAAACAAGACCCCACGCAAGGGUCUGGAGUUUGUGCCGUUUCAUUUAAAGGCCAUGAAUCCGUCUUUUCACGCCAUCGCUCGGCCACAAACUGUUGGUGCUGCUUUCUUUUGACAAUCUCGUGUAAAAAGGAAACCACAAUCGACUGGUCCUCCCUGUCAAAGUAUGAUUUCCAGUGCUCGGCGUUUCUCAUGCAGGUUUUGUUUGUUUUUUUCUUUUUUUGUCAUCUUUGCACUGCACGUCUUUGGCAUAACCACAGAGAGUGCCCCUCUAUUUUAUAAAAGGUUCAGCAAAUGUAAAGAUAUAUAGCAAUCAAUAAGGUUUACAUGGGAAUAAAUCUUUAAUGAGUCACAUUCAGCAAGGACUUGAGGAUAUAUUUAACUUCUCUGAGAGAAGACCCACUCUGAAAGACUUAAAGCUGAUUUUAAUCACCCGGCUUGAACAAUAACCUCCUUUAGAUACUCCUCACACUCCUGUGGUCUGAGCAUCACCAACACAGCUCCUUAACGGCCAUUUGAGAACCAGGAACGGAGAACUCUCAGGAUUUCUACUGAUAACACAGUACUGUAUUUAAUUUUGUUUUUGUGAUGUGUAAUAUACUGUACUAUAGGUUUGCUGUACUUGCACAGUUUUCUAAACUUAUAUUCAAUUUCUUUUAUAACUUGAAAAAAAAUAGAUGUGAUUUUCUUUUUUUCUUGUCUCAAGUGGCUGUUUUUUUCCCCCUUGUGAUUAUAUAAUUUGUUAUUGUAGUGUAAUCCUCUAAUGAGAAAAAAAAGUUUUCUGCACGAGUUUAAGUUAGAUUUAUGUUGUUUCCCCCCCCCCCCCCUUGUAGUGCAUUAGUUUUGUAACAUCUCACUAUGUGUAAUGAUCAUUUUAAACACCAGUCAUGCCACACAACAAGCUAACACAAACUGCUUCCUGUGUUGUUUUCUGUCAUAAACAGCUUAUAUCAGCUAAAUAUUUUGUUCAUUGGUGCUAUUCCAUUGUUUCAUGUUCUUUUUGUCUUUAAAAGGCUUUUCUCGGUUUCAGGUGGUUGAGCUCAACUGUGAACUUCACAUUGCACAUAAUUGAAAAUAAAAAAAACAAAAAAAAACGA